AUGAAGCCGAACACUCUUCUAGCGGCGCUUCCCCUCCUACCAGCAGUGGUAGCAGCCCUUGGCUCUACAAUAAAAGUUGCGGCUCCUGGCACGGUUCCUUCAGGUGCUUCUCAAAUCGUGGACCAUGCCUUUGCUUCUUUCUCUUUUCCGGCACAUUGGCUACCCGAUUUUGCUGGAAACAAUACUCACCCCAAUUUGUUUUCCCGUGAUAUUUUAGAUCUUUUAUACAGAAAGACUGGGAAACACCCAGAUCGCACUUACUAUAAUGCGUCGCAAGAACUGUCGAUUCAAGUAGACACAGGUGCCAAUGGCAUCCCGUCAGCAGUAUAUAUUGGACCGGUCUAUUUUGAGGCUUUCAAUAACUUUCCAGGCUCCUUGUGGAGCUUCCAGGCUAAUCUUGCAAACAAUGCUAGCUGGGGCCUUAACAACACAAUGGAAGUAUGCAAACUCGUAAUGAACACGCUUAAAGGCAGCUUAAUCGACUUUGAGAUUGGCAACGAAGUGGACCUCUAUCCGUGUGGUGUUCGCCCUUGUGGAUAUACCGUCUAUGAUUAUCUUCAGGAGUGGACAAGAUACGCCGAUGCGAUCUCCGAAAACGUUCUCAAGGGAAACCCGUAUGGCCUAGACGAACAAAAAUUCUUCCAGGCUCUUGUAUUUGCAAACGCUCAGCUAAAUACUUUCACAACGCAAAAUGCGUUUAACGGAGGUAUCGAUUUGACCAAUCACGUUAAAUCAGUUUCUCUGCAUCACUAUGCGGCUGGUAACCAGGCUUGGGUUAGACUACAGGGUAUUUCUACAAAGACUUUCAUGAACCACACGGCUGUUGUGGCUAAUCUUAGCAUCUACUCUCCUGCCAACACUUACUUAAAAACCAACUAUCCGGAUGUCACCUUCUUGCUUGGGGAGACAAAUAGCGAUUAUACUAACCUCCUCAUGAGCCAAGUAGAGGGCGUUUUUGGCAGUUCAUUAUGGCUGAUUGACUAUCUUAUGUACGGGAUGUCUCUAAAUAUUUCCCGGUUUAACCUAAUCCAGGGUACCACCUUUGGAUAUACAGGUUGGGUGCCUGUCCCUACGGGCAACAUGAAACCUUACGUCCGACCACCACUUUACGGCCAAAUUGUAGUAGCAGAUAUCAUUGGCCAUAACCCUGAAGUUCAAAUUCUUCCCAUUGAACUUGGCUCUGCGAUGUGGAGAUUUUCUGCCUAUGCCGUUUAUGAGUCGUCCAAGCUGAGAAAAUACGUGCUAAUUAAUCUCGAUGAGUGGAAUUCCACAACUCGAUACCCUCGGCCAAGUCAGAAAGUCUCACUACGUAUUCCUUCUGGAGUAAGAGGCGCCACAGCACAGAGGCUUCUUGGGACAGGAGCUAGCGCUGACUCUGGUAUCUCUUGGGGUGGUCUCAGCUGGAACUACACACACGGGCGGCUUGAGCAGUCAGGUAGGCCUCACUACGAGGCACUACCGGUUGCAAGAGGGGAGGCCACAUUGUCCAUUCCUUCUACAGAAGCCGUUGUAGUUACGUUCGAUCAGCCAAUAUACUAGUGAUCGAGCUGGUAUACAACAUGUAUUUACACCAGCUAGCAAAAAUGGCAUGCUUAUCUAUCGUCAUAUUGAUUGUUAUCCUGUUCACACAAUAAGCAAAUGAUGUGGCUCACAGGGAUCAUAGAAUCAAACUCUCGCAUGUAUAUAACUAC